UCACGAAUUUCUACGGCCGCGGUGGAUCAUUUGAAGACUAUUAUACAAAAGCAAUAUUUCAUAGCGUUCGAGCGGAUAUUUUGGGCGGUAUCUUCUAUCGUAGAUCGACGGUAGACUACUGGAGUCACAUGAUGCAGAACGUACACAGAGCGACAUGUCGUUCCGAAUCCUACAUCCUUCUCUUACGCCUUUCCUUCUGGCGGCUACAUAUGAAUAAAACAAGGACGCUUGUCGGACUAUCUCGACAUCUUUUACCAGCUACUCGUCUUCUUUCUGCCUCGCUAUGUCUUUUCUUUUGUGGGAGCGAAUUCAGUCUUCAGCCUUACAGCCACCACCCAGUAUGGAGGCUAUCAAACCAAUCGUGCGACACUAAGGUGAAUGCAACGCAUUCGAACUGAGCCUUGUGGUGUGAAUAAGCGUGCUCUAUCUCCCGAGAAUAUGGCCUGGAAGCUGGAUUUCUGGGCGGGGUACGUAAAGCUUGCCGGCGAGUUCACAGCUACUGUCCUCCGAAGCUCCUAGAGCAAGGCGUCG